ACAAUGGUGCAAGCUUGUUAUCCCACGGCUUUGGCGUCAACCAUUUUUAUAUGUGAAAAAAGGAAAUCCAAAACUUAUUUCAAUUUUUUUAACUUUUCUAACAGAUAAAAAACGUAAAACUCUCUUAACUAAUGGAAUCAUUCUCUCAUCUUUACCCGAUUGCC